AUGGCCCCUGUUGCUUCAGUUGUUGUGUAUCAUGUUGGACGAUAUGGUGACAUUGUUGCUGAUAGUUUACUUUCCCAGUUAAUGGUAUUUCAAGGAACAACGUAUGUGGGAUUAGUUGUAUUCAGUGAUGCUGUAGUUCCUAAAGACCAAGUUUCUGCAAUGCAACACAAGGUUCAUGGAAUGUUUAAAUGUUCGCCGUUUUAUUCUAUAAAAAAGAAAUGUGAUGGUCAAUUAGAUUGUGAAGAUGGAACUGAUGAAGCUAAUUGUGAUUUGGGAAAGCAGAAGAACUGGCAGCAUUCCGUAAAUUUCGAUUCAAUCGCAUACAACGACAGUAUGAAAAUGUUUGGCUUUGGAAGAUAUAUAAUAUUGCCUCAUGGCCGUUUCAUUUUUACUGAAGAAGUACCAGAGCGACCAGCUCAUUGGAUGGUUCAGCAUUCAGGCUUGGCGCUCAAGCUGCUUCCUGGCGCCCUCACAGCAACGACGCAGCCUACAUUCAUUGGUCUCUACACCAGA